CAGCUCGGGGCGUGCGCGGCGGCCUGUGUCUGCGCGUGCGCGGCUGGCCUGUGUCUGCGCGUGCUCGUGUCCCGUUGUCGCGCCGGGUGCCUCGGGUUUCUGUUGUUCGCGGGAGUCCUGCCGGAAGUGUGGCAGAAAGGGCAAUGUGGAGUCUCAGGGUGGCUUGUCGCAACGCUGCGUGGUGCUUAGGGGGCAGGCGAAGCGUUUCCCCUGCCUUUCCUCUUUUCUCUAACCUGGGCCAGGCAGUCGGAUGUAGGGCGCCGAGGGGCGGUUGCUGCACAUGCGGCCCGGCCUCGUGAGACAACAAAUAUGUCAUCUGAAAUGCUGCCAGCAUCCAUUGAGCCUCCUAAUGUGGAAAAAAAGCUGGGUGCAAGUGACAGUGAAGAGGAGAGACAGAAGCCAAGAGUGGAUGCAGGGGCUGAGCCAAUGUCUAAACGGCAAUUGAAGAAGCUGUUGAAACAAAAACAAUGGGAAGAGCAACGGGAACAGCGCAAGGAAAAACGAAAAGAAAAACGCAAAAGAAAGAAAUUAGCACGACGUCAGCUGGAAUCCAACUCAGAUGGAAAUGACAGGAAACGUACUCGAAGAGAUGUUACCCGGAGCAGCCUCCGCCUGAUCAUCGACUGUAGCUUUGAUGACUUGAUGGUCUUAAAGGAUAUUAAGAAACUUCAUAAACAGAUUCAACGAUGUUAUGCAGAAAACCGCCGAGCACCUCAUCCAGUACAGUUUUACUUGACAAGCCAUGGAGGUCAACUGAAGAAGAACAUGGAUGAGAAUGACCAAGGAUGGGUCAACUGGAAGGAUAUUCACAUCAAAUCAGAGCACUACAGUGAGCUCAUAAAAAAAGAAGACCUGGUUUAUCUGACGUCGGACUCACCUAACGUGCUGAAGGACUUAGAUGAGUCCAAGGCCUAUGUGAUUGGCGGGCUAGUGGACCACAACCAUCACAAGGGAAUCACAUUUAAACAGGCAUCCAGUUAUGGAAUUGAACAUGCACAGCUCCCUCUUGCGGAUUUUGUGAAGAUGAAUAGUCGAAAAGUUCUGGCAGUUAACCACGUGUUUGAAAUUAUCCUGGAGUUCUUGGAAACAAGAGACUGGCAAGAGGCAUUUUUUACAAUCUUACCCCAGCGGAAAGGAGCUGUUCCUGCACACAAGGCCUGCGAAAGCUCUCCUCAGGACCACCAGUCCCUGCCAGGAGGAUGGGACAGUGCCAGCGAGGGAGAGCAUUGUAGGGAUGACCCUGACUCACCACAGAAAGAAGAGCAGGGCCAGCAAAGCAGCCCAGUGUCUGCAGUGAGCCCUGUCCCACAGUAACCUUCCCCUGCUCUCCUGUCGCUUAAAGAAACCACACAGUGCGGUGCUUCACAGGAUGCUCAAACUGCAAGAAAAUUUUCUCUACUCUAUGUUGUGGAAUGUUAAACCUCUUUAAGAGUUAAAUAAUAAUGAAAAAAACCUUUAAACACUAAGAAAGGAUUGUUUGGUUUUGUGUAAAAAGACUUAAAGGUAUGAUUUCAAAAUUGCUUUAAGCCUCAGUCAUGGAAUGUGUUGUAUACAGGCCUGCCUUGGUUGGUCAUUCACUGGAGCACAUCCUUCAGGACAUGCCUUCUGGCCCUUGGUUCUCUUAGGUUCCGGCCUGUAUCUUUUCAGUCUGAUGUCUGUUGGUGGAGCAGACAUUCAUAACUGUCCAGUGAGGCUCCUAGAAGGUUCAACCUGGGAAGCUAUGCCUUUUUUCUGUAGCUUCGGUGUUCAGUUUUCUCUAAGAAAUACAUUAGUUCUAGGAGGACUACCAGUUGUUUGCUGGGCUCAACAAUCCAUUCCUUCUGGACAGUGGAGUCCAUUCCUGUGCCUCCGUGUGACACCUUCUUAUGCUUCUGAAAUAGUCACAAGAAUAAGCUUAAAUCCUGAUUACAGGAUUUAACUUAUUCUUGGCAAUAACUUAUUCAAUUACACGAUUAAGUUUUGCUGGCGAGAUUAUUUUACAAGCUUAUUUUUGAAGGAUCAGUUUGCCUUUACCUCAGUUUAAAACAAAACAAAAAAGUUAUCCUUCCAUAUAUAACAUAUAUUUCCAUAAUGUCAGCUUUUAAUGUGAAUAUUAUACAUCUGCCUCCUACUGUAAUAGUCCAACUAAUAUAAAUAUGUUUCUGUAAAUAACAUAUGCAUGUAGGAAAAUGUGCACGUAAUAGUGCUUACAUCUGUCCAUAUCACAUUUAGCUUUCAUGCCUUAAUCCACAAUAACAGGGCUGAUAGGUAUUGUCUGUGGAAUGGUUGUGUUGAAUUCACUAGUUUGAAUUCAUUAAAUGGGAAUUGAACAGUGGUUUGGAAACUGAUGGAGACAGAGCAGAGGGAUGCCUCUGCACAGUAUUUGCAUAGAAGUGCAUUCAGAUCACGUGCCCCUUACACACAUGCAGUAGAACUCUGGGGGCUCUCACUGGAUUGUGACAAAAUCAGUUCCUGGUCUUCUUUCUUUAUGAUAUGAUGUAUGUGCUGUUAGUGUCACACUUAGACGGAAGCUCAUGACAUUUGGUAUCGAUGUUCACCACUUAUUUUUGUUGCUUUAUUCUUGGUUACCUAUUGUACCUAUUGUAGACUUUGAAAGUCUAUAAAUGAAGUAUGUAAACAGUCAUAGUAUAGUUCUAAAUGAAUAAAGUUCAUGUUGUUACUGUACUUUUCUAAGAGUCAGGUUUUGUGAGGUGUCCCCCAUGUGCCUGUGUGUCUGGACACUUGGUGUCCAGCCAAUGGCACUGCUUUGGAGGUUGUGGGACCUUUCCAAUGGGAAGCUUCGCUGGCGGAAGCAUGUCAUUUAGGGUAGGCUUUUCAGGUCUACAGCCAGGCCUGUUUCUCGUGCUGUCUUUCUGCUAUGCAGGCAAAUGUGACCACACUUCCUGACAUCAGGCCAACAUGGUGAUCCUGCUGCUAGGCCUUCCCAGCCAUGAUGGACUGUAUACCUCCUAUAGAGCUCUAAACCAAAAUAAACUCUUCCUUCCUUCC